AUGUCAGCUGAAAAUAUUAAUUCAGAUCGGUUAGGAUUCUCAGAAAGGUUAUGCCAUUCUCGAACCAAUUCUGAAAAGUCUAGUGGAACAUUAAGUAAACCCAGUGGAGUUUCCAAGAUCAGAUCUAAUCUUGUACCAUCAGCAAACAGAGCAACUAACAGCAACAGCAAUCAACUUACAAGUGCUGAGCUUGAAUUGCAGAAGAUUGAGGAAAAACGCCAAGAAGCUUUGGCUAUUUUGCGGAAAGAUAAUUCCAUUCAGUAUAACAAACCUCCUAGGAAGACAGUGGUGCACCCUUUCAAAUUAUCUGAAAAUAACAAAAUGGAAGUUCCUGUUCAGAAAUUUCAAACUGUGGCAGAACAGGUUAGAAAUUUUUACAAGAAAACUCCAGAAAGAUUCCGAACACAUUCAAAAGGAAAUAAACCUCAAAAUUCUUGGUCUCAACCUCGCUGUACAAUACCAAAGACACCUAAUUUUACAUGCCAGCAGAGAUCACGUCCAGUGAAUAUUCUUAGUACAAAAGAAAUUGAAGAAAAGGAAUUUGAAGAAAUGCAAAAAUACAAGUUCAAAGCUAAAGAAGUUGACAGGAAAAUCUUUCAAACACGAACUGGAAUAAAAGAAAUACCAAAGAAAGAAGUUACUAUCCCUGUUCCUUUUGACCUACCUGGAUGCAAACUACCCACUUACAAAAAGGAAGUUGAGGAGGAACACUUUGUUUUCCAUGCUCGGCCUUUACCUACUGAUAUUCUGGAAAGAGUUGUGGGUGUGAAACCUGCUGAAGUAAUCCCCCCAACUGUACCAGAAUCACCUGCCUUUGCUCUUAGACAGCGUAUUCAGCGUUUUACAGUAAAUGUACUCAAACAGGAAACACAGAUACGAAAGAUCAGGGCUAGGCCUUAUGUGCAUUCUGGAGUAAAUUUUGAGCCAAAAUUUGAGCAUCGAAGCACAGUUGCUGAGCCAUUUAGUUUUGAUGAAAGAAUUAAGGAAAAUCAAAUAAAGAAGGAACAGAAAAUACAAAAAUUGAUUGAUGAAAGUACAAAGGUUGCAGAAUUUAGUGCUAAUCCAAUUCCUGAUUACACUAACACUGGUAUUCCUCCCAAAAAAAUCUCAACAGUGACCAAAUUUGCUCCAUUUAAGCUUCAUAUUGAAGAAAGAGUUGAAAAGAGAAUUGAAGAGAAGCAACAGCAACUUGAAGAAAAGAUGAAAUUACAAGAAGAAAAAAUGCAAUUUAAGGCCCAAUCUUGUGAAGUUGUGAAAAAGGCUCCAUUUGUGCCUCACUUGGACCAUAAAUGCACACAAGAACAUACAAAAUUUAAGCUAUACACUGAGGCUCGUCAUGCCCAGCGUGUGCAGUUUGAGGAGCAGAAGAAAGCACGUGAGGCUGAGUUAUUGGUUAUGCGUUUGGAAGCAGAUAAGUUGCGCCAGGAGGAGGAAGAGAGAGAGAUCCAGAGACUAAGACAAGAGGCUGUACACAGAGCAAAUCCAAUUAAGCAUUACAAGCCAGUUGAGAUUCAGCACAAAAGUUUGUCAGUCACAAUUCCGCUUGAACCUAAGUUUGCUACCAAGAACAGACUCUGGUCACAGAUUAAGGAAGAUUGA